CUUACGAAACAAAGUCAAAGUAUAAAACUUUUUACCUGCACAAUUCUUAUACUCUAGCUUAAAAAGGGUUACUUUUCCUUGUAUCUCGGUCAGUGAAGAUGAGAUCUCUCGGUUAGGUUUGCACCAUUGGAAGUUGAUUUAACUAUGGUUGAGGUAAGGAGUAAUAAGAGUCUAGGUCUGGAUAGUUCCAAUUUUUCCUUCUUUGAGAAGUUCUGUGAUUUGCUCAAGGAAGAAGUUUCAAUUAUGUAUGAUUAAUUUUUUGAGAGUGAUGUCUUACUGAGGAGCUUGACGUCCUACUUUGUGACUUUUAUCCCUAAGGUGGAUUCUCCCUUUGUCUUGGUAGAUUUUAGGCCAUCUAACUUCUUUGGUCUCUCUACAAGUUGUUGGAUAAAGUGUUGGCUUCCAGAUUAUAUGUGGUUUAUGAGGAAGCUUGUCUCCUCAUCUCAAUCGACCUUCCUUAAAUGUAGGCGGCAGGCAAAAUGGUGGCUUUGAAUGAGAUUAUGAUUUAUCUAAGAGCUUCAAGUGUGAUUGUUUAAUUUUUAAAGUGAAUUUUGAGAAGGCUUAUGAUUCAGUGAGUUGGUGUUUCCUGAAUUACAUGUUGAGAAGAUUUGGGUUUGAUGUACGAUUGAGAGUGUGGACUAGAGUUUGUAUCUUCUCGAGUAAGAUCACUUGGUCCUAGUUAACGAAUGUUCAAUGAAGGAGAUCAAUAUUUAGUGUGGCUCAAGAAAGGUGAUCCUUUGACGCCCUUUCACUUUCUUUUGGUUGUGGAAGACCUUAGUGCCAUGCUGAGAAGGGUGGCAUCGAUUGUGGCGUUCUUCGGGUUUAUAGUGGGGUUUGAGGGCCUCGUAGUGUCACGUCUCUAGUAUGUAGAUGAUAAUGUUAUUUUGGGGAAGACUUCGGUUGAUCAUAAUCUCUAGGAUAUUAAUUUGAUUCUUAGAAGCUUCGAACUGGCUUCCGAACCUAUGUGAAUUUUUCUAAGAGUUGAGUAUUUUAUAUUAAUGUAGAGGACUCUUUUCUUGAGUUGACAGAGAGCUUUCUUAAUUGCAAAAUUGACUAUCUUCCUUUCAACUACUUAGGUCUUCCGAUGGAUGCUAAUCUAAGAAGGGAAGGGACUUGGGAGCCUUUUCUUAAGUUCAUUCCAAGAGGAUUGAUUUGUGGAAGAAUAAGUUUGUUAGCCUGGGUGGGAAGAUAAUGCUUCUUAAUUUGGUCAUGAGUGAUAUCCUUAUUUUUCAUCACUUUCGUAAAGAUAUUAAUCUCUGUUUGGAGGAAGAUUGUUGGAUUUAUAGGCAUUUUCUUUAGGGAGGGACCGAAGGAAGGUUAAGGGGCCUGAAUUAAAUGGGAUGGUGUGUGUAAGUCUAAGGUGUGACUUAGGGUUAGAAACUUAAGGCUAGAUAUUCUUAACCUUCUUGAUAAGUGGCAGUGGAGGGUUUUCCGUAUUAUUUCUACUUGGUAUGGUUUUUACAUCGUCUCUUCGUUAAGGGGUGUCGGCUUGGGGGAUUCAAAGGGUGCAUCUCCGUGAUAAAAAUAUGUCUUGUUGGUUAGGUCCAAUGAUGAGGAGAAUACAUAUUGGUUUGCUAACGGAAUUAACAAGAUGCUUGGAAAUGGUGUGAGAACCUUUUUUUUUGGAAGGAUAUGUGGAAGUAUUGGUCCUUUAUUGGCGUGUCUUUUAGGAGGUUUUUUAUUAUAACUAAGCAGGAGGCUCAUUUGGUUGGUUUGACGAGGUCUGGGUAGAAGGGUGUGAGUUUAAGAUUUUAAAUGGUUGCGUAGUUUAUUGGUUUGGGAUGAUGAGAUACCUAGUAAUUUGGUGUGUUCCAUGGAUGGUAUGGUCACACAAGCUUGGGGGACACUUGGGUUUGAAAGGUACAUAAAGAAGGUGACUAUUCGUUGAUGUCAGCAUAUAAGCUUCUCUCCAAUCUCUCUAUUGGUCAGGGUGCUGGAUUAUUUGGUCACCUCUCAGAUUCAUUUCUUGGAAGAAAAGGAUCUCUCAUAGUUGUUUGUAUCCUAAACAGCAUCUUUGGCACCUUAACUGCAUUUUCCCCCAACUACAUUGCUUACUUCAUCCUCCGCUUCCUCACCGGUUGCAGCACAGGCGGUGUCGGCCUCUGCGCCUUCGUCCUCGCCACAGAGCCCAUAGGUUCCACAAUGCGUGGCGGAGCUGGUAUGUCCACCUUCUACUUCUUCUCCACAGGCAUCGCCGUUCUCUCUGGCAUAGCAUACAUCUUCCCAACAUGGCGUGACCUAUACAUAGUCUCCUCUAUUCCCUCCCUCUUAUUCCUCGUCUUCGUCCUCCCUUUCAUCUCUGAAUCUCCUCGGUGGUACCUUAUUCGAGGACGAAUCAAAGAAGCUAUGAAAAUCAUGUCCAAUAUAGCCACCUCUAAUGGCAACGAACUUUCAGACAAAGUUUCUCUCGCACUCGACGAAGAAUCAUCAUUAUCAUCGUCGUUUCAUAGCACUACAGAUGACAAAGAUGCAGUGUCAGGCUCUCUCGUGGACGUGAUCCGUUCACCAAUAACAAGGACACGAUUGGUUUUAGCAAUAAUCAUCAACUUGUUAUGCUCAGUGGUAUACUAUGGUCUAAGCCUAAACGUAGUAAACCUCGAAACAAACCUUUACCUCAACGUAAUACUCAACUCAGUGGCAGAGAUGCCAGCAUUCAUGAUAACGGCGAUGUUGUUGGAUAAGUUAGGAAGGAAGCCAUUAACAAUAGGGACAUUAUGGUUCAGUGGAUUUUUCUGUUUUGUUGGGAGUUUGAUGACCAAUAAGGGAAUAUGGAAAGGAGUGAAAAUGGUAUGUGGAAUUUUAGGAAUAUUUGGGAUGGCAGGGACUUAUAAUUUGCUCUUUAUUUACACCGCAGAGUUGUUUCCAACUGUUGUUAGAAAUGCUGCACUUGGAAGUGCUACACAGGCAGCACAACUGGGUGCAAUAUUGGCCCCCGUUAUCGUCGUUUUGGGUGGAUCAUGGCCAUUUGCUUUAUUCGCUCUAUGUGGAAUCGUUGGUGGUCUUUUUGCAUUUUGUUUGCCAGAGACGCUAAACCAACCACUCUAUGAUACACUAACUGGAAUGGAGGCGGACAUGGAAAAUUUUUUUGACACUGAUGAUAACACUACAGUAUGAGGAAUACUUGCAAUUAUAGGUCUAUUUUUCUUUACUUUACCAUAAUUUGGU